AUGGUUCGUUCGGAUAGCGCAGAAGAGGAUCAAAUCAUCAACGAAGAUGGGUGAGUUUCCCAGGAGUUGCCAGCUGGCCGAGGGGCGGAACACCUGGCAAAUGAGAGAGUGUGCGGGGAGGGGAGACGGAUACACACAAAUGAAACUUCUCUUUCGUCCCCUACUUUUCCUUUUUUGGCGAUGGAAACGACACUUCGGACCUGUAAAUUGCAGCCAAUUGUGCUCUUCUGGCCCCCCGUCCCAGUCUCCAUUCUUCUCUUUUCUCCCACUCAUUUUGACCGUUUUCAGAUUUGAUCUCAUAGAAGAGGACGAGGAGAUGCUUGGUUCGGGCACAGGUGCAUUGCCCGUUUCCAUUCCCGCCUGGAGCUCCAUGACGGGCGCCGCUCCGACCAUCAUGUCGGCCGCUUCGGCGUUCGAUCUGACGGCCGCCGGAAUGCAUAAUCAGCUGCGUUCCGUCCUGCCAACCUCGACGAUUGGGCAUGCACCGAUGCUCGCCAACCGGUCUCUGUCACAGCCGGCACCUUUGUCGCCGACGUCGCUGGACCCGGACAGAAGGUGAGAGAAGCCGGCUGAUUGGGUACGGUAACGUAAUAAGAAACAGAUCCAGAAUGCGUCGACAGAUAGCCAACUGCAAUGAGAGACGGCGGAUGCAGAGCAUCAACGCGGGGUUCAUGGCUCUGAGAGCACUGCUGCCCCGCAAAGAAGGAGAGAAGCUGUCGAAGGCUGCGAUUCUUCAGCAGACCGCCGACAUGGUCCAUCAACUGCUCGGCCAGAAAAUAAACGAUGCUCCUGAAGGUGGCGAGCCGAAGAAGUUGAAAUUAGAAGGUGUGCUCUGAAAUGAAAUUGAAACAAUUAAACAGGCUUUCAGAAGAUCAUCAAGACGCGGAACAGAGCGCUCAAAUACUCCAUCUGAAAACUGUUCUGGAGACGGAAAGGGCUGCUCGGAAGGCUCUGGAGCAGCAAGUUCUCCAGCUCCACGAGCUGCUCCAGAUGACGACGACGUCUUCGCAGGCGUCCUCUCCAGUCACUCCGAGGACCAACGGGACCGGCUUCCAUCUUCCCGGUUCCUAUGCUUCUUCGGCCCUUCCGACUCCUUACCGGGAGUCUCCGGAGCGGAAGCCCUCUUUUCAGGACUCCACGAGCACUCCGUUGUCCUUGCUCACUCUCAACGGGAGCUCUCCGAAGUAUUCGGACUCUCUGAUUGCUCCGAGGGCCGUGCUCAGGCCUCCGCCGAUGCCGAAUCUCGAGACGACCGUCAUCCGUCCGACGCCGUUGCCGCUGCCGCCCAUCUCCGGUACGCUUCCCAUCAGAUCGUUCGACCGUAAUCCCUCACAUUGUAGUCGAAGUCUCCUCUCCGUCACUUUCGACUCCGUCACCGUUAACGGCCGCUCCGAUAAUCUUCUCAUCGACGGCGCCUCCGCAACCGACCAUCCUCUUUUCGACGGCGGUUACUUCGGCCAUGUCGACGGGCAACUCGACGCCUGUCGCUCUGCCACAUCAACUCCAGGGACGCACGUCCGCGUUUGUGUGAGUGACACAGAAGGGAACGAAGGGAAUGUCUGGUUUUCAGGAGCACUCAGCCGAGUCUCUCCCUCCACCACUCGGUGCAGACCAUCGUCGAAGCGAUCCGUCACCUGGAGGGCAGCUCUUUCAUGGCCACCUCUCCGCCGCCGACUUCUCAGACCUCACUCGUCCGCUGA